UCAUGCUGCUGCCAGGUCCAGAGUCUCUCAUGGGUCCCUGUACGGCCUCCCAUUGCUGCUGUCUCCAUCGCCACACUCUGCCAUGUGCCACUUUCAGGUCUCCUCACACUGCUGGUGUGUUGAAUUUUUUGACAUAGGGUGCUGGCAGAUUACGGGCCUCCCAUAGCUGCUGCCAGGCCCCUAAUCUGCCAUGGGCCCCUAUACCCGCCUCCUCAUGCUGCUGCCAAGUCCAGAGUCUGUCAUGGGUCCCUGUACGGCCUCCCAUUGCUGCUGUCUCCAUCGCCACACUCUGCCAUGUGCCA